UGUCCUGCCGUUACACCUGUGUGAAACUGUGCCACGCGCGCGCAGAGCCAGCAGAAGGACGGCGCUCGCGCCCGCAGACAGUGUGAAGAGGCGCUUCAUCAGUUCAGCUGCUGCUCUCCUCGCGGCCACGACGCUCUCUCCGUGUUAAAACAGUGCUACGUACUUUGCCAUGAGACACAACCUGCCCUGAAGUUCCUUCGACUUCAUGCAACGCUACCCAAAUCACAUUCUACCAAUGGACCCUCAGGUUUGUCCGCCCCCUCUCAGCAGCAGCCAGUCGGUGAUCAGCGGCAUUGACAAAUCCCCAGCCAGCACGUUCAAACCGAGCCACUCGCGGAACAGCAGCACAGGAUCCUCCAAACAAUCCAAACAGUCUCGUCACUGGGAGGUGAUGGACGACUUGCAGCAUAUGGAUACGUGCUCAGUUCCUGGCUCAUCUCUUGACCUCACUAUCCCCGGGAUCUGUGAGGGCUACUUGAUGAAGAGGAGGAAGUACCCGCUCAAAGGCUGGCACAAGAGAUACUUCCUGUUAGAGAAAGGAAUUCUGAAGUACUCAAAGACACAGCAAGAUAUUCAGAGAGGGAAACUCCAUGGCUCUCUGGACGUCAGCCUGGCUGUCAUGUCCGUCAACAAGAAAUCUAAACGCAUAGACCUGGAUGCUGGAGACAACCUCUACCACCUCAAGGCAAAGAGCCAUGACAUCUUCUACAUCUGGCUGACAAAGCUGUGUGCUCAUCGAGUGUUUAGGAAAAACGAGGCAAUGAGUGUUCAUCAUGGCGUCCUUCAUGCUCUCUCCUUGGGCCCGAGCACCCUGCCAGGCAUGGCCACUCUGGCCCAGAAAAACAGAGCAAUGCCUUCUCACUACGCCAGCUCAGCAUCAGUGUACCAACAAGAGAUGGGAAGCCCCGCCCCUGCCGUCGCCUCUCACCCAGGCGUGACCAGCAAGGUGUCAGCAUGGCUGCAGCAGACCCACGACAUCGAUGCAACCUCAAACGACCUGGCUCGCUGUCAGGCAGAGCUGACAGAACUGGCUCAGCUCAUCCAGCGACUGCAUUGGCUGGAAGGAGGGCUGCCAAUCACAAACACAGACCUGGAGAUGCGGAUCAGCAUGCAGAAUCUCUCCCUGGAGAAACCCAAGAGGAAGGCGGGGAAAGGGGUUGGUCACUCCAGGACUUUGUCCCGUGUUGAAGCCAUGGGGGGAUUGUUCACUUCCAGCCACUUGAGUACUAACAACAGCUCUGGUUUGGGAGCAUCCGUUCAAUCCAUCCCUGGCUACGUCUACUCCCAGCUGUCCAACCCUCAGGUCACCUCACCUGAGGCCAAGAAGCUUCACCAUGACAUCUGCACUGCUUCUCAGAGGGUUCACGCUUCUCUCAAGUCCGUUCACGACGUUUUGACCUUAGAGAGGGAGAGAGUUAGGCAGGCCUGGACCGCCCCGGACCUGAGGCAGAACACCUCACAGCAGCUCGCUUCUCUGUGCACCACACUGUCUGAGCUUGACAUACAGUCACGUCUGACCAAAGUCCACUCGCUAUCCUUGUCCUCUGACUCUACUGAGGAUUCCUUCUGCACCGUCCGUCCUGACCAGAGAACACCGUCUAUGGGUCGUCACAGUCGCCGUGCACCCUCAGUGGCAGAAUCCAUGGCAGAGUAUUUUGAUGCCAGUGAGGUGAUAGUGUGCGAGACCUCAUCGGAGGCCGAGGCUUCGGAUGAGUCCGGCCUGAGCGACAUCACCACCACCAGCACCUCAGAGCCUGAGGAGGGACAUGCCACUGCCACCCUCAACUACCGGGCCAGUCUGAGCGCCGCUGAUAAACCCAACCCAGUGCCCACUAAUACUGGCCGUCGCACAGCCCUUCCCGCCCCAGGAUCAGACAACAACCACAUUGGCAUCAUGACCAUCCUGUACAACAACAUCGGCAAGGACCUGUCCAGAGUCUCCAUGCCGAUCGCUCUCAAUGAGCCAUUGUCUUUGCUGCAGAGACUGAGUGAAGAGCUGGAGUACUCAGAGCUACUGGAUAUCGCCAACCAGAUUGACGAUCCAUAUGAGAGAAUGGUUUAUGUAGCAGUGUUCUCCAUCUCUGGAUAUGCCUGGGCAACCUGGAGGUAUGGCUACAAACCAUUCAACCCUGUUCUGGGAGAGACCUACGAGAAUCCCAGAGAAGACAGAGGCUUCAGCUACGUCGGUGAGCAGGUCAGCCAUCACCCUCCCAUCUCCGCCUGCCACGCGGAGUCCGAAAACUUCACUUUCUGGCAAGAUCAGAGAUGGAAGUACAAGUUCUGGGGGAAGUCGGUGGAGAUCAUCUCUUCUGGAAUGGUCAAUGUUACCUUGCCCAAGUACGGUGAUCACUAUGAAUGGAACAAGGCAGUGACCUGUAUCCACAACGUGCUAAGUCAGCAGCGCUGGUUGGAGCACUAUGGUGAGGUGGUUAUCAAAAACACAAAGAGUGACGUCUGCACCUGCAAGAUCACCUUUGUCAAGUCUCGCUACUGGAGCUCAGACAACAGUAAGAACGAGGUGCAGGGCGUGGUUCUGGACCGGGCCGGAGAGGUGGUUCAUCGUUUUGGAGGCCUCUGGCACGAGGGCAUCUUCUGUGAUACCCUGCCUACACCAAAGUGCAUCUGGAAGCCCAACGUGCAGCCUGAUGACUACUCCGACUUUUACGGCUUCUCUCAAUAUGCCAGAGAACUAAAUGAACUGACGCCUGAGCUGAAGGCAGUCCUCCCGCCUACAGACACCCGCUUCAGACCAGACCAGAGGCUCCUGGAGGAGGGGAAGUUAGCAGAGGCAGACAAAAUGAAGGAUAUGGUGGAGGAGAAGCAGAGGGAGAGGAGGAAGGAGAUGGCCAAGAGAGGGGAGGAGCACGUCCCCAGGUUCUUCAGGAAAACUCUGGAUGAGGCCGGCAGAGAGGUGUGGCUGUCCAAUGGAACCUACUGGAAGCUCCGCAAAGACCCAGGCUUCGCCAAAACUGAAAACCUGGACCUGUGGUAGAACACUGCACCUAGUGUGAAAUGAAACUAGCCAGGUGCUAAACACAUGGUAAUGUGAUGAACAAUAACGGCCUUCUGUCAGUAAAAAUGAUGAAUUGUACCUCUUAGUCUAAUAAUCUGUGCAUGAAUAUACUCUAGUAACUGCCAUUACUGUGAGGAUGAAGAGGAGAAGAGCGUUUGGAAGCAUAAAUGAACCUCUCAUUGGGUUUUUUAGUGCCAUGUAGGGGUGAGGUGCCACUAUGGAACAAAUGAAGACUGAUUUAGAUGAGGCCGGAUGUCUUUCCAACCUUUCGCCUACCUCUUUCCAUAAUGGAGACCUUCAAAAUAAUCAUUCAUGAUUCAAAAGCAAAUCUUAACUUGAAAUCCAGUUUUAUUGCUGCCCUUGAGAAAAUUGUGGGUAAAAGUUUUUCUGUCAGGACUGAGGCCUCUCUCUGUGUAAAGUGUCUUAUAUUUGUGGGACAAAUGUCAGAUUAUAUGUUUUAACAUAUCUGUAUAAAUAUUUUUAGUCAGGCUCAUUUUUAUGACAUUGUGAUGAGCUCAGGAAUAGUUUGAGAAGCUCGAUUCCUGCGGAGGGAUCCAGAACACAUGCAGGGCUUAUUCUGGUGCUUGUGGGGUAUAUUCUAGGUGAACUGGUGCUGUCCUGCUUGUUUUCUCAGUGGGUCUUACUGUAUGAACUUGUGUUGAUUUGUAAAUUCAGUGUGUAUUUUCUGAUGUUUAGUUGUGACACAUUGGUGAUGCAUUGUUUUUACAAGCUGUCCUUGCGCUGGUUAACCCUAGCAGCCACGUUGGCCGUCUUUCUCUCGCCUGUAUGAAUUGUUCAUGUCCAAAAUGAGCUGACAGACGAGGAUUUUGUCUCUUGGACCCUUUAUGCUAUCAGUUGAUGCAAUGAAGUAUUUUUAUUGAUGUUUCAACAAUGGAUUUUAAUAAGGAAAAGAGACUACUGUUAAAACUUAGUGAAAUGUUUUCUUCUUAAUGGUUUAGUUUCAAAUAAAAGGUUCAAUAAUCAA